GUUCCACUCACAUAUAGCCGACCAUUCCAUACAUCAGUAGAGAGAAUUCAGCAUGUAUGAUACCACUCGAUAUUAAAGUAAUCCAACAUUUCUGUGCUAACUGCUGAGUAAACAUGUGAAGGUUAUGUAGAUCGCAUUCUUCACUUUGAUCAUGGAUUUGAAGUGUUUUUGAAAUAUAUAUAAUUUACAAUGGAUUUCAAUCGAAUCAGCAGUUUUAAUAUUUCUGAAAAUGAAACUAGGCAUGGAUACGCGACCAAUCAUGGACAGGUGGUCAUAAGUUUGGAGGAACAAGAAAGAAGACGAGACAAAGAGCAGAUAAAAUGUCUCAGAAAAAUGUUAUUCGGGCCUCAUUUGAAAAGAGAUCUGUAUUGUAAUAGUACAUGGGAUGAAAUCACAUGUUGGCCAGAUACAGCGCCAAAUAAAACAGUUUAUAUACAGUGUGCCAAUUAUAUAAACGGAUUUUAUGUCAACAAUUUUGCUUCAAAGAGAUGUAUGCCGGAUGGCCAGUGGUACACACAUCCCACUCACAAUCGAUCCUGGACGAAUUAUACUCAGUGUUUUAAUAAACGCAUCGUCAGCACUGAUCCGAGAGUUGGAACUCUUGUACAGACACAAAUGGAACACAUUCGACUGAUGUACAAUAUUGGAUAUGGCUUGUCAUUUGCAACCCUUUCUGUUGCCGUCUUCAUUAUGGUUUACUUCAAACGUCUUCAUUGUCCAAGGAACACUGUUCAUCUCAAUCUCUUUAUCGCCUUUAUGCUGAGAGCACUUAUAUCUUUGCUUAAAGAGAAUCUUCUGGUACAAGGACUUGGUUUGCCUAUUGAUGUUGAACAAACACCAUAUGAAAGAGUUAUUUUCAUCGAGGAAGGCCCGCACUGGGAGUGUAAGAUGUUGUUUACCGUGUUUCAUUACGUCCUAAUGGCCAGUUAUAUGUGGAUAUUUGUGGAAGGUUUACACUUACAUACACUCAUUAUGGUAUCUGUUUUCUCUGAGCGGAGCAGUGUCAAAUGGUACCUCUGUAUCGGAUGGGUCGUGCCAAUCGUUUUUAUCAUUCCAUGGAUUAUUAUAAGAGCUCUGUUGGAGAACGUCUAUUGUUGGAACACGAAUCCCUCCCCGGGAUACCGGUGGAUCCUCCAAGCUCCAGUGGUGCUAGUUACUGUUAUAAAUUUCAUAUUUUUUAUAAAUAUCCUACGUGCAUUAUUUACCAAAAUGAAGACCCCGAUAUCAAAGACAGCAAAGAGGCAUAAAUACAGGCGAUUAGCCAAAUCAACACUGGUGCUUAUUCCGUUAUUCGGUGUCCAUUACGUGGUGUUCUUAGGACUUCCAGAUGAAAAUAUUUCACCGGAAGCAGAAGUUGUAAAGCUUUAUUUUGAAAUGUUUCUAAAUUCUUUUCAGGGAUUGCUUGUGGCAAUUUUAUUUUGUUUUAUGAACAAUGAGGUUCAGAUGGAAAUCAUGAAAAGAUUAUGUAACCGAGGACCAUACUAUAGAUAUAGGAGAUACUAUAGACAUUCAAGUCAAGGAGGAUCAUUUAGGUGUAUCUGUCAAAACAAAAAUAGUCAACCACCAAAUAGUUACCAAUUAGACACUGUUAGAGGGUCCUCGGCGGAUAAUAGCAGCACCCUACUAUUGCAAUCAACUAAAUACCCGCCAGAAUCCUGUUAUUGUAUGUGGCAAGUGGAUUCUAAAGGCCAUCUUUGUAGAAAUUUUGUGAAAAAUGAUGAAAAAUUAAGACGAGCACAGAGCUGUUUAUAGCGUUUUAUUGUUAGUCACAAAAUGUAGAAGUUUAAUUGUUUUAAUUUAUAUGUAUUUUUUAUGU